AUGAGUGAGGAGGUGAGUGUGGGUGAUGGGAGUGAGGAGGUGAGUGCGGGUGAUGGGGGUGAGGAGGUUAGUGCGGGGGAUGGGAGUGAGGAGGUGAGUGUGGGGGAUGGGGGUGAGGAGGUGAGUGUGGGUGAUGGGAGUGAGGAGGUUAGUGUGGGUGAUGGGAGUGAGGAGGUUAGUGUGGGUGAUGGGAGUGAGGAGGUGAGUGCGGGUAAUGGGGUGCGGGGUGAUGGGGGUGAGGAGGUGAGUGCGGGUAAUGGGGGUGAGGAGGUGAGUGCGGGUGAUGGGGGUGAGGAGGUGAGUGCGGGUGAUGGGAGUGAGGAGGUUAGUGUGGGUGAUGGGAGUGAGGAGGUGAGUGUGGGUGAUGGGAGUGAGGAGGUUAGUGCGGGUGAUGGGAGUGAGGAGGUGAGUGCGGGUAAUGGGGGUGAGGAGGUGAGUGCGGGUGAUGGGGGUGAGGAGGUGAGUGCGGGUGAAUGGGGGUGA